CCCAACCAACGCAUUAACUCUUCUCUUCCUCCUCCUCCCUCUCUCUCUCUCUCACAAAAAAUUAUCUCGGAAAAUUUUCAAAAAUCCCCUGUAGAAAAACGGAAAUAGAAGAAAGGACAGAGACCGACACGGCCGCAAUGGAAUCAAUUGUAGCCAAGCGGCUGUGGCACAUCGUACGAGCGGUGUACUACAUGCUCCGCAAGGGAAUCUCCAAGCGCAAGCUCUUGCUGUGGGACCUCCACCACGUCCUCCACCGCGGCAAGAUCGCCGGAAAAGCCCUCGGCAACCUUAUGACCUUCCAUCACCACCACCACCACCACCACGACGGCACCGCCUUUGCCUUCUCGAGGUUCUCUUGCCGGUCCAUGGAUCCCAACCUCUCCUUCUACAACCCCCGGGAGGUGGAGUUCAGCUGCAGCGACACCCCCGCCUACCCUUCUUUCUUCACCGCCAAGCGAAAGCAUCGCCACCGCCACGACUGCUACAACCACGACGUUGCCGCCAUCGCAAAGGCCUUCGAGAUCCUCAACUCCGAGGUAUCGGAUACCGAGUCGUUAAUGGCAUCGCCGUCACCAGCCCCGAUUUGGAGCAGCUUCGGGAGGAGUCCGGCGGUGGUGCGGCAGCUGAGGAUAACCGACUCGCCGUUCCCGAUAAGGGAGGAGGAGGAGGAGGAGGAGGAGGCCGACGGGCAAGUGGACCGGGCGGCGGAGGAGUUCAUUAAGAGGUUCUACGAGCAGCUUCGCCUCCAGCGAAGCGUGGCGGCCACACCGGACUAUGCAUUCCGCCGCGAGCCGCUGGUCGGCCGAGCUUGAGAUGGCCAUCGAUGGUUACUUCAGUUGCUUUGUGGGAAUAAAUAAAUUAUAAUUAAAUAGAUCUGUACGAUGUGAAUCUAUGUUGUUUACUUGGCUCCGCUAGCUUUCCACCAAUUGCUUUGGUUGUUGGAGAGGGUAGAAAGUGGGGGUUGAGUUUUUUAUUUCUCUUGCACUUUUUUCUCUACUUGUUUAUUUUCUUUAAGGGCUUUUUUCUCUACUUUGUUUAUUUUCUUUAGAGGCUCUAUACGAUCGAUCCUUAUUGAUCUUCUUA